UGGGGUGACAGUAACCUGUGAAAAUGUUUACGCGGUUAAUUUGUAUCAGUGAUUAUGAACAACAUGCUAAAUCAGUACUUCCGAAGUCUAUAUAUGACUAUUAUAUUUCUGGGGCAAAUGACCAGGAAACGUUGGCUGAUAAUGUUGCAGCAUUUUCCAGAUGGAAGCUAUAUCCACGGAUGCUCCGGAAUGUUGCCGAGGUAGACCUGUCGACUUCCAUUUUGGGGCAGAGGGUCAGCAUGCCAAUAUGCGCUGGAGCUACUGCCAUGCAGUGCAUGGCUCAUGAGGAUGGGGAGCUUGCAACUGUGCGAGCCUGCAGGUCCCUGGGAACUGGAAUGAUGCUGAGUUCAUGGUCCACCUCCUCAAUUGAAGAAGUGGCAGAGGCCAGUCCCGAGACACUACGCUGGCUGCAACUAUACAUCUACAAGGACCGUGAGGUCACUAAGCAGCUAGUGCAACGUGCUGAGCGAAAGGGCUACAAGGCCAUAUUUUUGACGGUGGACACUCCUUACCUGGGGAUCCGCUUUGACGAUGUGCGUAAUAGGUUCAAACUACCACCUCAACUCAGAAUGAAAAAUUUUGAAACCAAUGAUUUAGCAUUUUCUCCUAAGGAAAAUUUUGGAUACAACAGUGGACUUGCUACAUAUGUACAUAAAUUAAUAGACCCAUCUAUCAACUGGGAGGAUAUUAAAUGGCUGAGGGGGCUCACAUCACUGCCAAUUGUUGCAAAAGGCAUUUUGAGAGGUGAUGACGCCCGGCAGGCAGUUAAACAUGGCUUGAAUGGGAUCUUGGUGUCGAAUCACGGGGCUCGACAACUUGAUGGGGUGCCAGCCACUAUUGAUGCUCUGCCGGAAAUUGUGGAAGCUGUGGAAGGGAAGGUAGAAGUCUUCCUGGAUGGGGGUGUUCGGAAAGGCACUGAUGUUCUGAAAGCUCUAGCCUUGGGAGCCAAAGCUGUGUUUGUGGGGAGACCGAUCAUCUGGGGCUUGGCUUCCCAGGGAGAGAAAGGUGUUCAAGAUGUCCUUGAGAUACUAAAGGAAGAAUUCCGAUUGGCCUUGGCUCUGAGUGGGUGCCAGAAUGUGAAAGUCAUCGACAAGACAUUGGUGAGGAAAAACCCUUCGGCCGUUUCCAAGAUCUGACAGUGCACAAUAUUUUCCCAUCUGUAUUAUUUUUUUUUCUCAGCAUGUAUUACUUGACAAAGAGACACUGUGCAGAGAGUGACCACAGUCUGCAAUACCCCACUUCAACACAAAGGGUGUCGUUCUUCUCCAACAAAAUAGCAAUCCCUUUGAGCUCAUUGCUUUUGACUUUUCAAUGGGUGUCCUAGGAACCUUUUAGAAAGAAAUGGACUUGCAUCCUGGAAAUAUAUUAACUGUUAAAAAGAAAACAUUGAAAAUGUGUUUAGACAACGUCAUCCCCUGGCAGGCUAAAGUGCUGAAAAACAAAAGAUAGCCUUUGGUAAAAUGGGAGGUAGCUAUCCCUGAGGUAAAAAGAUAAUGAUCUCACUGUUUAUUAACCUGCAUUGUGUUUAGAUAUCCUUAAAGCAGUGUUCCUAAAUUGUAAGCUAGGGUUCAAAAGGUUGGACAUGCCUAGAGAAACAGGAGAUUUAGAUUCCCAAUGCUGAGGAGUCAGCUCUUGAUGGAAUUGGGACAAGUUGGUGGUAACUGGUGACUUUCUAGAUACUUUUUAACACCCUGACUUAGGCUACUUCUUUGAAUGUAGGUUUCUGUUCCCAUCUUUAGUGUCUGCAUCUAUCUGCAUAUUUUAUGAUACACAUAUUACUUCUUAAUCAGAAACAAAUAAAGCAUUUUUGAAAAGAAUAUAUCUGGUCCAUUUGUAACAAUAUGAAAUUCAACCAUUUUAAUCUCUGAACCCUAGUCACUGCCCUGUUGCUCAUUAAUUCUCUUAUACCUUCUAGCUCUUCUUUAUUCUAUUGCUUUUUUUCCACUCAUGGUCAUAUGCAGAGCCAGCUACAUGAUUUGUGAGGAUCGUGCCAAAUGAAA